GAGGCGCCAACAUAUUGGCUCAACCAGUUGUUGCCUCGCUACUCGUGGUUCUCCAUGUGGGCUUGUCUACCUCCGCUAUAGGAAUCAGUCAUCUCGUCUCUGAUAAAACCUCUCCUACUCUUCUCACCUAUCUGGCUAUCUAUCUCUCCUUCUCUCUCCUUCUCCACUGGUCCCUUCUUUCUUCUUCGAACUCUUAAUUAUCUCCAAAAACAGAGAAAGAAAAGUGCCGACGGAAACGGCUAUAAUCAACAAGGCAGCAAAGCAUAGCUAAAAGGCUUCUUCCUAUUGAGGAAAAAUGGAAGAAAAAGAUCAGCCCUACGGUUAUGCUUAUAAGUCCUCCACCAUCCUCCCUUCUCUACCCCGUGACGCCCGUGGCUCCCUCGAGGUCUUCAACCCCACCUUCUCCUCCUCCUCCUCUGGAGCGACAGUCGGAGCAGCCGAAUAUGCCGCCGUCAGGCCCCAUUUCUCCUCACAUUUCGCCACCGGCCGGCACCCCCACCACUCCGCGACGAUCCAAGAAGAAAUCUCCAGGCCAUGGAUGGCGAUACCUCCCACGUCCACUGCUCCUCCCACUACAUCCGCCAACAUUCCGGAUAUCGGCGCCGCGGAGAAACGGGCGGCGGAGUGGGGUCUCAUCCUAAAGACAGACGGGGAGACCGGAAAACUGCAGGGCGUCGGGGUCCGGAAGUCUGAUGAAGAUACAUCCAGGGCUCGCGGCGGGAGGGAGUCUGGGGGUUCCUAUCGCAGCUCCGAAGAUUCUGAUGCUGGUGCUGGUGGGAGGGACAGGGGCGGACUGCCUAGGGUUUCGGAGGAGCUGAGGGAGGCGCUCUCUGCGUUUCAGCAAACUUUUGUGGUAUCUGACGCAACGAAGCCGGACCACCCCAUCCUGUACGCGAGCGAGGGGUUCUUCCGGAUGACGGGGUACACCUCCCGGGAGGUCAUCGGCAGGAACUGUCGAUUCUUGCAAGGUUCUGGAACUGACUCUUCAGAGAUUUCGAAGAUAAGAGAAGCUCUGGCUUCUGGUUCUAAUUACUGUGGCCGCCUCUUGAACUAUAAGAAGGAUGGGACGCCAUUUUGGAAUUUAUUAACAAUUGCACCCAUUAAAGAUGAGGAAGGGAAUGUUCUCAAAUUUAUUGGGAUGCAAGUAGAGGUCAGCAAGUACACUGAAGGGACUAAAGAAACAAUGUGCCGCCCCAAUGGACUGCCUGAGUCUUUGAUCAAAUAUGAUUCUAGACAAAAAGACAGGGCUCGUAGCUCACUCUCUGAGCUGGUGAUGGCUGUAAAGGAUCCUAAUUCUCUUCCAGAAUCAAGUGAUCGGUCCCUGUUCAGAAAAUCUGAAGGCGGAUUAGAUAUUCUGAGACCUGAAGAUCAGGGAAGAAGAAUUUCAGAGAAUGUCGCUCCAUUUAGAAGAAAUUCUCGUGGUUCAACGAGAAGUUCAAUGCAGAAAAUUGAUGAAUUUCCUGAAGGAAGAAAGAAACCAAGAAAAUCUGGUUUUAGUUCGUUCAUGGGUCUUAUUGGCAAACGCCCUGCUUAUGUUGAGGAAGAUGCAAUAGCUGUUCCCUUGGAAGCAGAUCCUCUUGAAGAAGAUGAUGAUGAAAGGCCUGAGAGCUUUGAUGACCAGGAAAGAAGAAAAGAAAUGAGGAAGGGCAUUGACCUUGCUACCACACUAGAACGGAUUGAAAAGAACUUUGUCAUCACUGAUCCUAGAUUGCCUGACAAUCCCAUUAUUUUUGCAUCGGACAGCUUCCUUGAGCUUACAGAAUACAGCCGAGAAGAAAUAUUGGGAAGAAAUUGCAGAUUUCUCCAAGGCCCUGAAACUGAUCCAGCAACCGUGAGAAAAAUAAGGGAAGCUAUAGACAACCAAAAAGAUGUAACAGUACAAUUGAUAAAUUACACAAGAAGUGGAAAAAAGUUCUGGAAUCUUUUUCACUUGCAACCCAUGCGUGACCAAAAGGGGGAAGUGCAGUACUUCAUUGGUGUGCAGUUGGAUGGUAGCGAACAUGUUGAUCCUGUCCACAACUGUAUACCAGAGACCACUGCAAAAGAGGGCGCAAAAGUUGUGAAAGAAACUGCAGAAAAUGUUGAUGAAGCUGUGCGGGAACUUCCAGAUGCAAAUUCGAAACCAGAGGAUUUGUGGGCCAUCCAUUCAAAAAUUGUCCUGCCGAAGCCUCACAUGAAGAAUAGUUCAUCAUGGAUAGCCUUUCAGAAGAUUCUUGACAGUGGAGAAAAGAUAGGCCUGAAACAUUUUAGGCCUGUUAAAUCCUUGGGAUCUGGUGACACUGGCAGUGUACACUUGGUGGAGUUUGUGGAAACUGGAGAAUACUUUGCCAUGAAGGCUAUGGAUAAAAAUGUGAUGCUUAAUCGCAACAAGGUGCAUAGAGUUUCUGCAGAAAGAGAAAUUCUUGAUACAUUGGACCAUCCUUUUCUUCCAACUCUAUAUGCAUCUUUUCAGACAAAAACACACAUCUGUCUAGUUACGGACUAUUGCCCAGGUGGGGAGCUUUUUAUUCUACUCGACAGGCAACCUCUUAAAGUCCUGAAGGAAGAUGCCGUUAGAUUCUAUGCCGCAGAAGUUCUUAUAGCACUUGAAUAUCUUCACUGUCAAGGUAUAAUUUACAGGGACCUUAAACCAGAGAAUAUUUUGAUUCAAAGGGAUGGACACAUCUUAUUGACUGAUUUUGAUCUAUCUUGUUUGACAUCUUGCAAACCUCAGUUAUUACUUCCAAAUACGGGGGCUAAAAAGAAGCAGAAGAAAGGAAGAACGCCUCCAGUUUUUGUUGCUGAACCAAUGAGAGCGUCAAACUCCUUUGUUGGAACUGAAGAGUACAUUGCACCAGAGAUUAUAACGGGGGCUGGCCAUACAAGUGCAGUUGAUUGGUGGGCACUUGGUAUUCUUCUCUUUGAAAUGCUCUAUGGAUAUACGCCAUUUAGGGGAAAAACUAGACAAAAGACAUUUGCCAACAUUCUUCAGAAGGAUCUUAAAUUUCCCAAAAGUAUUUCGGUAGGCCUUCACGCAAGGCAGCUAAUGUAUCGUCUGUUGCAUAGAGACCCCCAAAACAGAUUAGGUUCACAUGAAGGAGCUAAUGAAAUUAAGCGGCACCCUUUUUUCAAUGGAAUUGAUUGGGCUCUCAUUCGAUGCAUGAGAUGUCCAAACCUCGAAGCACCUGUAUUUGACUCUGAAAUGGAAAAUGAAUCUAAAGCAGUAGAUGCUGAGCACCAAAAUAUCCAUAUAAGCGUCUUCUAAAGAAAUUUUUCCAGAUUUACUUGCCAAAGCGAGUGCUUCUAUGAUGAAAAUGACAUCGAGGACAUAUCAAGUAACGCAUUUCUUUCUUUCUUUUUAUUUUUAUUUUUUUUCAAAUCUGGCUAUGAAAUUCCUUCUCAAGUUAUUACAUUAGAUAAUGUGGAAGCUGAUCAGUUUCAAAUUCAUUUUCAAGUUUCGCAUGUAUUCGGGGAAGUGAGUUGCGUUGCAAUAACAGUUCAGUAAAUGUUUUAUUGUAAUAAAAUGUGCACUGAAUGCUAGUGUUUUGAAAGCCAUUGAAUCUGUCUGGUGAAGCGGGCGGCCCAGCCCGGCCUCUUCUUGUAAUCCGUCGCCAGACAGAUGAACUGCAAACUGCUUCGUUAGGCCUGGAUUUGGCCUAAUCUAAAUAAUUUCAUAAAUGUUUGUUAUAUGUUACAAA